UCAUCGUUGCUGGCUUUACAUUGAUUUUAACUAAACCAGUAUCGUUUUUACGUAUUUCAGACCUGGACGCAUUUGCAAACUGCGUUAUGUCCCUGAGAGCUAACCUCCUAAUCUCCUAGUAUAAUUUGACGUGUUGUUAGUGUAGUUCUCGGGGUGGAUGGAUGUACAAGACGCCUGUUUAAGGUGUAGGAUGCUGCACACUAAAGGCUGUCAGUGUCAAAAAUCCUUAAGACAACCAACACAAUCGGAUUUUCAUUGCCGCCAAAAUGCAACCGAUUAAUUAAAGGUUUAGUAUUUGCGGUAAGAUGAUUUUGUGCUUUUCUUAGUCAAUACGACCCUCAUGUUUACAUCUGCAUGUCUGCAACCAGCUAAUACUGUUACUGUCGCAUUAGCUAUAUGAACCUCCCUGAUUAAAAUGCCUGCUUAUAAACAUAAACUAGCUUGAGGUGGAUUUCUGGUUUUAGUAGCAGGUGUCACAGCCAGGUCAGGCAGUCGUCUUGGCUGGUUUUGCAGAGUCUUGCUCACCUUUCAAGUUUGUAUAGACUGUUAGACCACCUUUAACCUACAUGUUCCAAAACAUAGCUUUUCCAGGCAAAUUUUGUUCAAAUCCAUAUGCGUUACUUCCUACUGGAAUUUGAGAUUAGAGAACAGAAUUAUCAACCUAAUAAAUUGGGUGAUAAUUAAAAAGAAGAAAUUGUACAUACAAUAGUAAUACAAUCAUAGUAUUUAUGCUAUUCCAGGUAUUUCUUGUAAGUAAAACUAUAGACUAUAUUAUUGUCCUUCCCAAAUAUUUCUUUAGGUUGUGCACAAGAAGAUGAAAGCUAACAUGUUAAAGAAAAGAAAGUUAUCCAGACAAAAGAAAAUAGCCAAACAGCUGCAAAAUGUUGAUAAAGAGCCAUUGCCAUCAAAUAGUGAUGGCAUCAGUAUCGACACAGAUAAAACCAAAACAUCUACUGACACUCAAGACUGUGUUAUGGAUGCCUGUCCUGAGGUCAAAAAAAUGAGACCGGAACAAGAAGAGCUGGAGGCUUUGGGAGUCCUAACAGUGUCUUCUGAACAACAGAAGCAACAGCCUCAUCCUCCUGCUUUCAGAGCAUUAGUUCCAAAGACAGAACCAGACUGUGUCCCCUUAAACCCACCCAGUUUUCAGGUUAAAACUGAGCCUGGCAUUUAUGAAGUGCUGCAGAGAGAGUCUGCCUUGAUUGUGAAGGAGGAAAAUGAGAGUUGGAAGGAAGUGAAGCUUGAGACACCAGAUGAAAUCUCCGUGGGUGCUUCUGGCCUGGAGAAAAACACAGCUUCUUCCUCUCUGGUUUUUCCUUGCCCCCAUUGCACUGUGACUUUCACUGAUUUUACAUACCUGGACAAACACCUCAAAUGGUGCCAUCAAGGUGAAUAUCUGGCUUGGGUAAAAAAACACAAAGUCUACAACUGCUCUAAAAUAUCCUCUGGGAUGCUCAGCUGCUCGUCAUGUCACUAUCGGUUCUUCUCUCAGAGGCAGCUGAAGACCCACAUGCGCAAGGCCCACCUACCCACGCCCAAACCCACCCGAAAGCGUUACACAUGCCCGCAGUGUGAUCGCAGCUUCGAUUACAUCGGUAACCUGCAAAACCACUGCCACAGAUGCCAUGGCUUAGCCACGGUGUGUAAAGAUGGACAUAUUAGCUGUGCCGCAUGCGGUAAAAGCUUUGCCGGAAUCUGGGGUCUCGGACCACAUCACUGCCACGAAGAGGACGAGAGGAAACCCACAGUGGGCGUUGACGAACCUGUUUGCACGGACCGUGGCUACUUGUGCCGAGAUUGUGGAAAGAACUGCUCUACGCUUCAAUGUCUGACGAUACACAAACGUACUCACACGGGCGAGAAGCCGUUCGUCUGCGAAGACUGCGGCCGUAGGUUCAUUGAUAAGGGGAGUCUGCGGAAGCACAAAGUCAUCCAUACAGGGAUCCGGCCGUUCAAGUGCCCCGAAUGCGAAAAAGAGUUUGCCAGGAUGGCCCACCUUAGAUGCCAUCUGCGAACCCACACGGGGGAAAGGCCAUACCAGUGCCCCCAAUGCGGGAUGAGUUUCAGCCACCGAUCGACGCUUCGUAUUCACCAAGAUGUUCACUCUAAAGAUAAAACAUUCCCGUGCCCCGACUGUGGCAAAACUUUCUCUGCUCUGAGGUACGUGAAAGUCCACCAAAGAGCGCACAACUCCGAGCGAAUGCUGCAGUGCAGAGAGUGCACAAAGACAUUUACAAGGGAGGACGUGCUCAAGAAACACUUGCGCAUUCACACGGGCGAGCGGCCGUACUACUGUAACGUCUGCAGCAAACGGUUCGUCCGUAUCCAACACCUGAAGAACCACAUGCGCACACACACUGGCGAGAAACCAUACCGCUGUGAGCAGUGCGGCUCCAGCUACGCGCAGUCCGGCGAUUUGACCAAACACAUGAGACGCCACACGGGGGAAAAACCCUACGCCUGUUCUGACUGCGAUCGUCGCUUCAACAACUCAGGCGACCUCGGCAAGCACAGGCGCAGUCACACGGGCCACAGACCCUACAAGUGUACGGAGUGCGGGAAAAGUUUUCUUCUGCCCCAGCACCUGAAGUUACACAAGCAAACGCACACGGGCGAGAGGCCUUACAGCUGUCCGCGGUGUCUCCGCACUUUCACUCGCUCACACCAUCUUUCUCAACACAUGAAAAAGCAUAUAUGAGGAUAAGGAGUCUGGACCACUUUCGUUUCAUUUGGGCAAAUGGAUUGGGUGUUUAUUGAUGAAUUGGAAAUGAGUUUAAUUCUUAAAAGUAGCUGAAUCCAGGUGCAUAGUCUUCCUUUCUGGACUACCCUUAAAGGGGUAGUUCACCCAAAAAUAAACUCGCCCCCAAACCUGUAUGAAUUUCUUCCUUCUGCUGAAGACAAACGUAGAUAUUUUGAAUGUAAUCUCAGAUUUGGCUCAGAUUAUGUAACCAAACAGUGACCAAACGUUUGGUUGCAUAUAAUCUUUAAAAUAUUUACUUGAACAACUUGAGGGUGAGUAAAUGAUGACAGAAUUUUCAUUUUUGGGUGAACUCCCUUUAAAGGUUUAGCAUAUAGUUAUUUUGCAUGCUCAACUCCAUUGGAGACAUUAAAUGAAUAGAAUGGUUAAUGUAUCUUGGCAGCACUAAUUGUAAAAUUAUUUAAAGUUCAUAUUUAACCAUUUGAAGACACUGAUGGUUCAUAAUGAUGAACCAGAAUAUAAAAAAGUGCUGUGGCAUAAUAAUAAUAAUGAUAAUCUAUGAGCUUUAUGAUGGAAGUAUUUAAAGGCUGCAUCUAUAAAGUGAGAUCAAAAUUUCUCUUUUUGCUCAGCACUCGAGUCAUCUGAAAAUAUGAUUAAAAGAUGAAUAAGUCAAAGGUACAGAAUGUUUUAGUUCUAUUUUUACAUGUUGCCAAGUGUGAAAGCAGUUGCGUUAGUAUAAAAGUGACAUGCACUUUUGCCUCAUAUUCAUCUUUUAAUAUUUUCAGAUGCUUUGUGUAGAGCAAAAAAGCCAUUUUGUUUUUACUAUCAUAAUGCUUUAUGGAGGGCACUGUAUAUUUGUGUGUUGAAUUUUCAUCAUGUAAAUUCUGUAAUGGGUUGGUUAUUUUAAAGUUUAUUGUCGUAGUUGAUCCUAAAAUCCCUCAAUUUAUGGUUACUGUUCAAUGCCAAAGUAUUUCAAAUGUAAGAUAAUUUAAUAAUUAUUAUUGUGGCUAGUUAAGAUAUGUUUAUGGCUUGAAGCACUGAUAACUUGGUCAUACUGAUGUAAUAUAAAAAUCAGUAUGAAGCUCUAUACGAUAUAAGUUCCUAAUUUUUCUGUUAAUUUAGAAAUGUGCUCUCUAAAAUGUACUCGGUGGUUUCGUCAUUGUAUUGGCUUGAACUGUGCAUCUGAAACUGUAUUUGUCUUAUCUUAAAUAAAGAGUAAAAUACAAUAUACUAAUC